GCCUUCAACUUCAACACAAAACAAUCUCAUUCAAAAUCUCAUCAUAUAAUGGCUUGUAGACCUUCUUCUUUCCUUGCACUUCUUCUCAUCACCACUAUCCUUCUUGCCACUACAUGGCAAGCAGUUGCUAGACGCCACAUUGGUCCAAAACACUCAAACAAUGGGGACAAGAAAGAGCCUCAGUUUUUGUUCCCUCCUGAAGGUAAUUUCCAUUUUCCUGGCUUUGGGGGAGUAGGGUUGCCACCUUUCUUUGGGUUUACACCUCAAAACCCAAACACUGGUGGUAGUGGACUAGGGUCAGGACCAGCUGGUCGUGGUUACGUUCCAGGUGGUGAUGACACGUUUGUCCCAAACCCUGGUUUUGAGGUUCCAAACCCUGGGAGUGGUGGUGGAGUUCCAGUUCCAGUUCCAGUUAAUCCGUGAGUGCUCUCAAUCAUGAUGAGGCAUCAUGCAUUUUUUGCAUGAUUGCACUAGUUAAGGUUGUGCAGUUUCCAAGCCCGUUAUGCUUUUGACAAAUAGAAGUACUAGUCUACUGUUUUUUUGUAUCCGUGAAUAAGUAAGUAGUUCUCUGUGUGUACUUUAUCUGCUAUUCGUAUGCAGAGCCUCUCUGCUCUUUUCUUGUUUGGAAUGAAAUUUAAGCAUGCUGUAAUGCUGGUUGUAUUCGUUGCUUUCAAUUACUACUGCUAGUGCCUCAUUAUAUAUAUAUGUGUGUGUGUGUAAUUUCUUAAGAUAUCCUAUUAUCUUUCUAAUUGGUUCCCGAACCAAUAUCUUAGAACAUUUGUAUGGUAGAGCCUGUUUAAAAUUAUGAA